AUGGGCCUAUUGGCAGUCAUCUACGUUUACCUUGUCGGCGUAUUCACACUCUUCUGGAUCCACCGACACGAAUAUUUCGAGGAAGAAAAGUGGGCACUCAAUGGUGUUACCGUCUGUAUUCCUCUGCUUGCCAUCCGCCUCGCAUACUCACUAAUCUUCAUAAUCUCUGGCAAUAUGAAGUUCAAUGCUAUCAAGGGUAACCUGACUGGAUAUCUUACAAUGACUAUGCUACCCGAAAUAGCUAUAAUUGGCGUGUGCACCUAUGUGAUUGCGGCUAGGAUAUCUCCACUUCGUAAAGAGACACAUUCAUUGUCAAAGCCAGACGAAGAAAGUCAAGAGGAACUCGCUAGCAGGAUCUAG